AUGGCUUUAUUUAGACUGUCGCUCUUUCACUCUUCCAUCUUAUUCCACCGAUUCUCUCUCUCUCUUUCUCUUUCUAUAUAUAUAUAUCUCUCUCUUUCCUCCUCGAGCUAUGCGUCUCUUGGCCCUUUCACCAUCUCUUCCAUACAGCAUGUUCUCUCGGUGCAUGUCCGUACCUGCCUGCCUUUUGUGCGGCUUGUGUACCAACUUUCGGGUUCAUCUUUUGCCGGUUAUGCGCCACCUCGCAGUUCUAGCUCCGCUUCAUCAAACUCAUCGUUUCCUGUCCUCGCUCUGUCGUCCAUUUGCCUGCCUACCUCGCCGUCUGCUGGAUCCUCCACGGACCAUGUUGCUGGUCCAUUGUCUCUGUCUGUAUGUGUGCAAUGUGCCUGUGUCUGUCUGCGUGUAGGUACAGGCAAACGUACAAACAUACACACAUACACAUGUGUGUGUCUGCAUUCAGAUAUAUCUGUCCGCUUGUACGCCUACGCGUUACGGGACUCGGCAAAGGGCUCUUUGAAUCGCGGCUUCGUGAGACGCUUCGACAAGCGGACAAGCUAA